GUCCGUCCUGUGAGUCGUUAGCGGGUGAUCGUCAUGAUAUGUUCUUUGCUUUGUGCAUGCCUGAUAUCCUAAAACUGAUUAGUACAUGUUCACGGGAACAUGGUGCCUGUGGAAGUUUUCGGAAGCAAGCUACUCUUCCAUGGUCCAACGGAGGCCACCCCCCCCCCCCCUGUAAAAUACUUAGUAGUAUCAUGUGAUCUUCCAAAGGCCAUUUUACUUGUAACUGUAUGUAAAUAUGACCUCAAGCAACGUUUAGAGUAGAGUAACAUUUGGCGAUAGUGCGCUGUAAUAAUGGAAUCAGCCGUGGCUUUUGCGAGCGGUUUACUCGCUAACCUGACCCUACAGUCCACCCUGGUUCUCGUCCUGGCCUUCCUGACGACCUACUGGCUCCUGGGCGCAGGUGGUCGGCAGAAGAACCUUCCGCCGGGCCCGAGAGGCCUGCCCCUGCUCGGCAACCUCCUCAGCUUCCGCCCGAGCCGCUUGUUGUCCAACCUGGCGGCCUGGCGGCAGCAGUACGGGGAUGUAUUCUGUGUGAGGAUCGCCAACAGGCUGACUGUCGUGCUCAAUGGGCACAAGGCUAUUCAGGACGCGCUCGUCAAGCAACCUGAAGUGUUUUCGGACCGCCCUUCUCCAUUCCGUUUUUCUGACAAGGACCAAGGAGUUGUCAUGGCCCAGUAUGGGGAAAGUUGGAAGGUGAAACGCCGACUCGGUUUGACCGCUCUCCGUCAGUUCGGUAUGGGCAAACGGAGUCUGGAGGGUAAAAUCACAGAGGAGGCUCGCGCCGUGUGCGACAUCCUUGCGGAGAAGGAUGGAACUGCAACGGAUAUCUCUCUUCUUCUGUCCAACGGCGUUUCAAACGUUAUAUGUUCCAUGUCCUUCGGUGAGCGAUUCGAAUAUAACGACGCAGAGUUCCAGAGGCUCAUGCGUUUGAUGUCAGAGUUGGUAAGUGCUGGCGGCAUUUCUCGAUUUAUCCCCUUGGUGCGUAAGCUGCCCUUCUUCAACGAGGGAAGCAAAAAUCGAGCAAAGAUGAGCAUGGAGAUCGUUGAAUUCAUCAAAGCAAAAAUCAAAGAACACAAAGAGACUUUCGACCCAGCCGACAUCCGGGACAUUAUCGACGUGUACUUGAUGGAGACACAGCAGCAGACCCCGGAUGACGUGGACCGUACCAUUACAGAAAUGGGGAUGAUCGGCACGGUCAGAGAUCUGUUCAUCGCUGGAGCAGAAACUACGGCUACGACCUUGAAGUGGGGACUGUUGUACCUGGCGCGCCACCUGGAGGUUCAGCGGAAAGUGCAGGACGAGAUCGACCGAGAGUUUGGCUCCAGUCCCCCAACGUUGUCCCAGCGAGGAAAGCUGCCCUAUACCGAGGCCACCAUACUAGAAAUCCAGCGGAUCCGACCUAUCGUACCGCUCAGUGUUCCUCAUACCACCUCUGCUGCCACGGUGCUGCACGACUUCGACAUCCCGGCCAACACUUUCGUCAUCCCGAACCUGUGGUCCGCCAUGAUGGAUCCGACAGUGGCACCUGACCCCGAGACCUUCAACCCGGACAGGUUUCUGGACGAAGAUGGAACUCUUGUUCGUCCUGAGUGGUUCAUUCCGUUCUCGCUAGGGCGGCGUCAGUGCCUUGGUGAGCAAUUAGCCAAGAUGGAACUUUUCACCUUUCUGACAACCUUGCUGCAGCACUUCACAUUCAAACUGCCAGACGGCGCCCCUGCACCAUCAAUGGAUGGCUCCUUGGGUGUUGUCCUUGCACCAAAGCCCUACCAAAUUUGCGCCGUUCCAAGAGAUAAUUAGAACUCAGCUCUGAUUCAUUUCAAGUUAUUC